CAUAUUAGUAGACUCUAAAAUCGAUUAAAUACGCAGGUUGAAAGCAAUACAUUUCAGAGUCAUCACGUGAUGAGAACAGCCAACCAUACAACUUAUGAAUAUUAUGUAAUUCACAGCGUCUCACUACUCAACACGACAUAACCACACACGAACGUAACACAUAUUCAUUGAGCAGCGUGAAUAUGGAGCAUCUCCGUAGUAGCGAGAACAAAUUAUUCCUGGCAAUUGAGAGAGAAGACUGGCAAGCAGUAAGAAGGAUCUUAGAAACUGAGGAACAUCUCAUAAACACGUAUGAUAAUUAUAAUUUGUUCUCGACGCCGUUAAUGCGCGUUGCAUACUACGCCGCACCCGACGACAUAAUGCUAACAAUGAUUGCGAAAGCUUCAGUGGAGAAUUUAGAACACAAGCGUCCUUCUGGUUUAACUAUUCUCUAUUUCUUGGCGUACUACGCUCGCGUGACUCCACUGAGAAGCGCGUUACAAAGAACGAAGAACGCCAACGUGACAAACAGAGAUGGAAACACACUACUACAUGACUGUUUACGUGCUCCGCGUACUUACGAUCAACAUCGACAGACAGCCAUGUGCCUGAUGGUGCAUGGCUCCUCCAUAUCUAUAAAAAAUAGGAGAGGAAAGACGCCGCUUGAUGAUUAUAAUUUUAACGAAUGUAGAGAAUACGAAGAAACCACGAGAAGUGAAAAGAAGCAAUCUCUUAGAAAGUUACUUAUAGAAUUGUCAGUACCCGGUGAAAUUAAAGCUAGGGGCGAAACUGCAGUUAAAGCCUUCGAAUAUGAAAUGCAAAAUGGUGAAAUUACGGUAGUUAAUGCAAGAUUCAUGUUUAUGGGGAAGGAAGGAGCCGGAAAGACCUCCUGUAUAAAUCACAUCCUUGGAAAAGCAUUUAAUGAGAAUGAAGAACCAACUGACGGUAUUGUAACAACAACCGUAGUUCAAACUUUUGGUGAAGGCUGCAGCGAGUGGGAGAAAACCGAUGUAGAUGUGGCUGAGCUAACAAAUCAGAUAAAAGAUGGCGCCAUAGCAGAAAAUAUCGCAAAGAAGUUGAAACAGCCAGAAAGCCAACGAAGUACAUCGCCCACUUCUACAUCAUCUUUAAUGGUAAAAGUGAAGGAAGCAACAACUGUAAUGACGUUGAAUGAAAGAGGUAUUUAUUAAGUUUUUGGCAACAAUGAUAAUUACAUUACUUACGUCAUCGUCACCGUAUUCAUAAUAAUGGUAACCUUUCUUUUUCUUUUGUCUGCAAAACAAUUUAAAAGAACUAAGUUCUCUUAAGUUUUGUCGUAUGAAGCUCUCUACUAAAAAUAGUCAAACAGACGCCAUAAAAAUCAGGUUUAUGAGCAUAUCUUGACUUCUAAAAGAAUUUUCUUUU